GAAUCUUUUCUCUUGUUAUAAAUAAGGCUACAAUUCACCUCUCUUUCUUCCAUUAUAACUUAUAGCCCUCCUUGUUUUCUGUAUAAAACAGUACUGCCGCUUUAUUACAGCUCCAAUGGAGUUCAAGUUUCAGCAUAUUUUUAUACUUCUUUCUGUGGCAUUAGUGGGAAGCCAUGCAGUUGUAUUUUCACCGGAUGAUUACUGGAGAUCUGUGCUGCCUAGCUCUCCCAUGCCUAAAUCUGUGAAGGAUCUUCUUAACCCGGAAUUUAUGGAAAACAAAGGCACCGCUGUCGGUGUCGGCAAAGGCGGCGUAGUAGUCGGAGCACCUACCAAAUCAGGCAAACCAGUCUAUGUUGGAGUAAAACCAGGAGCAGAUCCCUUUAGUUACAUUUAUGCAGCAGAAGAAAAUCAGAUCCAUGAAGAUCCAAAUGUAGCCCUUUUCUUCCUGGAAAAGGAUCUUUACAAAGGAAACAACAUGAAAUUGCAUUUUUUUAAGAGUUCAGAUGAUCAGGCUUCUUUUCUGCCUCGCCAAGUUGCUGAUUCAAUUCCGUUUUCAUCCGAAAAGUUUCCACAAAUUCUUGAUAGAUUUUUAGUGAAUCCCAGUUCAGAAAAAGCUGAAAUCAUGAAGAAAACUAUCCAAGAAUGCGAGGAGAAAGGGAUAAAAGGAGAAGAAAAGUACUGCGCAACUUCCUUGGAAUCCAUGGUCGAUUUCAGCACCUCCAAAAUGGGACGAAAAGUCGAGGCAGUUUCGACUGAGACAGAGAAGGAAACUCCAUUGCAGAUGUACAAAAUUGUUGGAGUCAAGAAACUGUCCGAGAAGAAAGCAGUAGUUUGCCACAAGGUGAAGUAUCCAUAUGCCAUUUUUUACUGCCACAAGACGGAAACCACCGAGUCUUACAAGGUGGCGAUGGUGGGGGACGACGGCACCAAGGUGAAAGCGGUGGCCGUUUGUCACAAGGAUACGGCGGCGUGGAACCCAAAACACUUGGCUUUUCAGGUGCUGAAGGUGAAACCAGGGACAGUUCCGGUCUGCCAUUUCCUCCCUGAGGAUCACAUCGUGUGGGUUCCUAAAUAUUAGUGGAGAUUGUUACUCAGUUCUCAUAUAUAUGAAUAUAUACUACUAUAUAUCUCUAUAAUUAUCUAUAUCCGACAGGUUUAAAUUUAGCUGUUUAUUUUAUGUAAUUUCAUUUGUGUAGUAGCAUGAAUCCCUACCCUUUUUCAGACAUACUGCUGUGUCAUUGCUGGAAAUGCAUCUAUGUAUGAAUUGCUAAGCUACUUCUACCUCCGAGCUUGCCUUUUUCCGGCCUGGGGCUGAUAUUUUAUUUACAAACCUACUUUAAUGGAAUACGCUGUUUGUACA